AUGCGUUGCUCUUACGAAGUGGUUUUUCCUUUAUAUUCUUUGCCAUUCGUUUACCUGCUUUUUCUGUUGGGUACGGUCUUGCUGUUCCGCACUAUCCUCUAUGUAGUGGUGUUGAAGCGGAGAAGGGACGCUAAAGCUUAUUAUUGUGCAUUACUUUCAAUACCCAAAGUUGCCAUCAUACAUGCUUUGUUGGCUGGAGUGUUAUACCAAUCGUAUCCGUAUAUAGUCAUGUUAUGGAGUCUAGGUGCAAAUGCAGUGCAUCUUGCGGUGGAAGGGAAAAUGUCGAUGAAAGACAUAGCAAAGGUUGUGUGCACUUCACCCAUGCAUCUUGCAAUGUUGAUGGUGAACAUGUUCUUGUUGGCAUUUGCGCUAUUAGCCCUUUCAUUCCAAAAGUGAGU